AUGGAAGCUAUUUGGAACUUACCCAUUUUCGAUGCUUUGCACCAUGUUGACACUUCGUCCAUGUGGAAUUGGUUUGUUGACGUUCAAAAAUUAUUAGGGACAGACGAGUUUCUUGUUGCAAUGGUUUUGGCGUGGAAAGCGUGGGAUCGACGAAAUAAGGAAAUCAAAAGAGAAGAAGCGCUCCACGUGAAUGAAAUGGUGAGUUGGUGUAAGGUUUAUCUUGCUUCUUUUAAGAGUGCUCAGCUCCAGCCGAAUUCACAGAUGCAGACCGUUCACCCCAGCGAGUGGAUUCCACCGUCGCAUGGUCGUGUCAAGGUGAAUUUUGACGCAGCUCUACCACGAGGGCAACAAUGGAUCUCAGUCUCAGCUGUUGCUAGGAACGAGGUUGGUCGAUGCAUUGGUUGGAAGGUUGUCAAGAUUCGUGGCAAUUUUCAACCGGUGGAGAGGAAAGCUUUGGCGGCACUCAAAGCCAUUUCCAUGGCCAAGGAUAGAGGCUGGUCUGAUAUUGUCAUCGAGGGGGAUUGUCUUCCAAUUAUUAAAGCUCUUCGCGAAGGAGAGAAUGAGGCUGCUGACUUCGGGGCUGUUGUGGAAGAUUGCCGACAAAUGGCUCUAGAAUUUCAAUAUUGCUCUUUUAAUUUCACGAAGCGGUCGGGUAAUAAAUUAGCCCACGCUAUUGCUCAGAUUCCUUGUAAUAACGUGGUGGAGGAUCUUGUUCUCCCACCUAAUUUGGCGUAUAUUGCCUAA